UAUCAACGCCCGGAGAGGUGUCUCUUGUCCUUGAGAUAAUACUAAAAUAAUCAUUGAUAAAAAAAUAAAUAAUAGUCAAAGUGUUGUAAUAAAUAUAUUUAAAAAAUUUAAAUAAAAAAAAAAAACAAUUAGCUUAUAUUAGAAAGUGUUGUAAAAAAUAGCAAAUGAAAGUUUCAAAAAGUGGUAGAUUUAAAUAUAAUGCAACACUCUCUAAACAAGAUGUACCAAGUUUUGCAACGCCCAUUGGAAACGUGACGAUAGCCAGUGGCCGUGAAACAUUUCUCUCUUGCACAAUCAGAAGUCUCAGCACCUACAAGGUUGGAUGGUUACGUGAAAGAGACUCAAUGAUACUAUCACUUGGUACAAGAACAGUAUCAAAUUCUCAAAAAUUUGGUGUAUCAUUAGAAAAUGCAAGAACACGAAGAAAUUUAACAACUGGUAAAAAUGAUGAAGAAUCAACAUGGAAAUUACAUAUUAAAAAUGUUAAAAUAACUGAUGCUGGUUGUUACAUGUGCCAAGUUAAUACAGUACCAAUGUUAAAACAACUUGGCUGUCUUGAUGUUCUUGUUGCACCAGAUAUACUCUCAACUGGUACAUCAAAGAGUGAAGUUAUUGUCAAAGAGGGUGAUAAUGCAACUUUAGAAUGUAAAGCAUCUGGUAAACCUGAUCCAGUUGUAUCAUGGAGAAAAGAAAAAAAUUCUAUAUUAAUACGUGGACAUCGUGAACAAUUUAUACCAGUUAACACUUCAGUUGGUGAAAGACUUGAAUUAGUCAAAGUAGAUAGAAAACAAAUGGGAGCUUAUCUUUGUAUUGCUACAAAUCCAGUACCACCUGGUGUUAGUAAACGAGUUUAUUUGAGAAUACAUUUUGCACCAACAGCUAGUGUUGAAAAUCAUAUGGUUGGUUCACCAGUUGGAAAAAAUAUAUCUUUAAUAUGUGAAAUUGAAGGAUAUCCAAAAACAAUUAAUUUAUGGAAACGAGGUGAACAAGUUUUGUCAAUAAAUAGUGGAGGAAGAUAUGAGAGUUAUGAACGAGUUGAUCCAGACGAGGAAUGGAAAACAACGAUUGAAUUAAAGAUAAGAGAUUUGCAGAUAAGUGAUAUGGAUGAAUACAAGUGCAUUGCUAAAUCAAGCAUGGGAGAAGCAGAGUCUGCUAUUCGUAUUUAUGAGAUUGAAGGUGUGACAGAUUCAACACUUGCAACAACAGUUAGUUUAAAAAAAUUAAAUUUUGCACAUGGUAAUUCAUUGAUGAUGACAACAUCACGACGUAUAUCAACUCGUAAAAGUACAACGUUAUUUUAUCAAAGCACUCCAAUAAUACCUAAAAAUAAAAAAUAUAAAUUAACAACAACAACAACAACAACAACAAUUAUUCCUCGAGUACCUUUAACUAAAGAUCACAAUGCCUUUAAACAUAACAAUGUUUAUAGUAAUGCAAAAAUUAAUUUAAAUUGUUCAAUAAAUAUUUUAAUCUGUCAGACUUUCUCAAGUAAAAUUUCAUUUGCAUAA